AUGUCUGACACGAAGCAGCUGGGUGCUCUCAGCCAGGGAAGUCGUGGGCACCCUUUCCUUUGUCGUCGGCCCUGCGUGCACAUUUUGCGCUCGGGAUCUUGUGCCCACGGCGACUCCUGCUCGUAUUGCCACUUCCCCCAUGAAGCCAGGAGCAAGCUGGACACUCGACAGCGUGCAAUGUGCGAGGCCAUGCCCAAAGCACAGUUCCUAUCCGUGUUGACCGAGAUGCUGGCAUCGCAGGGCGCGGAAAUACCCGGUCAGGGCCGGGACGUUCUCAAUGUUUUGAAAAAGGAGCUGUUGGGAGUCUGCCUGACGGCAUUCGGG